AUGGACAAAUCUAUAUCAAUUAGUACCCCUUUAGUUCCUCCUCCGCCACCCCGCAAACAAGGCUGCAUUCGAUCAAUCUUUCGUCUUCUAUGCUGCUGCUGUGUCAAAAAUAGCGUAAAAUCUACCUAGUUAAGCAUCAGAACUGAAAGGAAAAAAUUUUGGGUAAAGAUCAGAGACCGUCUUCUAAAGAAAAAACACUUUGAUCAAGUCUAUAUCACUCUUUUAAAUUUAUAUUCACACCAGCACGUUAUAUCAGACCUAGAAAAAUGCCAAGUCAGCCCAGAUUUCCGCAAGAAAAAACGUGAAGAUUUGGAAUUUUACGUCCCACAGCUCUGGUAAAUUUAUUUAUCAUAAAUUUAUUCGGAAUAUUUCUAUAUGCAAUUAAAUUAUAUUUAUAAUAAUAAAACAUAUUUUUAAUAUAGUAAUUUAUUGCUAUUUGGAUUUCUAGACCACAAUGAAGACUUAAUCCGUGCUGUUCUUGAGUUCUGCAAAACUUCUUUUCAUUUUUCCCACAGAGUUUACUGAUUUUUGAAAUCUACCGAUUUCAGUUUAUUAGAUUUGCCUGGAAUUGACCCUGACCAGUAAUAAUUUAUUCAGCUUAAUUGAAAGCGUUGAAAAGGUCUCUCAGGAAUCACACCCAAUUUACCUUGGAAAAGGCACAGAAUUGUUCCAACUUAUGGUGAGUAUGGGGAUGGAGUUCAAUUUAAACAGCUCAAAAAAGAGCUUUUCUGACAUUUUGGAAGAGGAGCCUGAAGAUAUUGCGAUUUUGAGGGAUUUAAUUCAUGAAUACAACUUGACUGGGAAGGUGGAAAGUGAUAUUCCGGAUAAGAUAAACCCAAAGUAUAUUCCUUUGAACCCAUUUCCUAAAGGAAACAUAGUUGAUGGCUAUCAUUCUACCCUAUGGUUCGUCGAAAAACUUACUCAAAUUUCUAUAAGAAUACUGCACAGUCCUAAAAAGUCAGAAACUCUUAAAGAAGAGCUCAAAGAACUAAACCAACUCUUACCUGCAUGUGCUUAUAUUCCCUUUAAUAAUCCUAUAGCUAGAAAUUGUGCUGUGUUACAUAUAAUUGCUAAUGAAGCUAGAGUUUUCACGACCAAAGAAAGAGCUUUCCAAGUUCGUCGGACCAAAUCGCUUUUUGGUCCGACCAAGGCAUUGAUUUGGUGCAACCAACCGAUAAAUUCCGAUCAGAAUUUAUCGGCCUUACAGCGCCAAACAUAGGAAACUUCUAUAAGCUCCCCUAUAAGAUUUGUGUAGAGAUUUUCAGGCCUUAUGAAGAACUAUUAGUAUUAGAUCCAUCCAAAAGUGCGUCUGCACUAGAUAGAAGAUCAGCUUCAGUGCCGUCUGUAAGAUCUUUUCAUCUAACUCCCCCCCAUCCUUGAUCGAACGAUUGACUGUAAAAAUUCCUAAAAAUUGGGGAAAUUAACCCCCAUCCUUGAUCGAACGAUUUUCAUAUCAUGCAAAUUUUUAUAUAUAUAAAAAAUAUUAGUUAUCAAAUGCUUUGGAAGAUGUGCCUAAUGAAGUUGUUUUCAGAGCUUUGAGACGACAGAAAGCUGCGAAAUCAACCAUCCGAAGUGAUUUAGACAUUACCUAGGCUUAAAAACUCAAUAAUCUAAUAAAAUAGAGAUUCUUUAAAAUUUUAAAAAAAAAAUUAAUUUAAAUUAAAAAUUUAUACAGUUUAAAAAGGGUACUAAUAAAUCAAAAUAUUAAAAAUUGGUAUUUUUAUGAAAUUAUUUCAAUUUUUUGCUGUAAAAAUAAUUAUUAAAUACUCUUAACCCUCUUAUUUAAAGUAAAUAAAAAAAAUCUAUAUAUAUCUUUUUCAUUUUAUAUAUAAAAUUUUUUUCCCCAAAAAAAUUUUUUUUAACCCCCAUCCUUGAUCGAACGAUGGCGAGUCGUUCGAUCAAGGAUGGUGGGGGAGGAGUAAAUAAAACAGUGUAUUAUUUUCUACUUUAAUAAUCAGACAGCAUCUUUAGGUUGUAUUUUCCUCAUUCUUCUCCUUUAACAGAACAAAAAAAUAUCCAAAUUUUAAAUGGUUCAAUUUGUAUAAUUUAUAAAUAUAAAGUUUUAAUUGCGCUCUACAUUUAAAAAUAGCAAUUUCAUUGAAAUUUAUGGCUUUUAAAAUUAGUAUAAUUAUUAUUUUUGUAAAUAAAUAAUAUUUUGUUCAAUUUUAAAGGAAACAUUUCCUCAUAAUUAAAGACAUACGCCGGAUUAUCAAAAAUUUGAUAAAAUUUGUUGUCAAAAUGUAUAGAGCCAAAUAAAACAGUUAUAGAAGAAAUCAAAUCUGAAACUACAGAUGACGGCUUUGAUGAAAUAAUUAAAGCAAUUCAAAAAGAGUCAGAAACUAAUAGAAAACAUAGAGAAACAAUCGAUGUCGCUCGUUCAAGGCCUCCUGCGCUAUCAUCUUCUUAUAUUCAUUACGACAGAUUAAGCAUAUUUGGUCAGCCUGGAAACGGAGAUUUAGAAGCUGUAUACGGAGGUGAAGAAGAAGAUGACCAAACAGACAAAGAAGAGUCUAUAGACGAAACCAAUAAAAGAGCUAUUUUUAAAGAAAGCUUCAAAGAAAUGGCCGAAAGAAUCAGGUCCAAAUCGCCUUUUGGCAAGCUGAAGACAUGAGAUUUAUUACACAUUAUAGUAAAAAGUGGCGACGACCUUAGACAAGAGCAGCUAGCAAUGCAGCUCAUCUCCUUUUUCCAACAAACCUGAAGGGAAAAAAAGCUUGAUUUGUGGCUUUAUGCUUACGAUAUUAUUGCAACUGGAGAAGGCUGUGGGAUCUUAGAAUGCGUCCCAGACGCCAUCUCUAUAGAUGGGCUUAAAAAAGACCUCCCAACUGACCAAAAGACCCUUCAUCAUUUUUUCCAAAUGCAGUUCGGCGGUGAAAAAAGCAAGCGCUCUAAAAGGGCCAAACGAGAAUUCAUGAAAAGCCUCGCUGGGUAUAGCCUUUUAUGUUAUAUUUUACAAAUAAAAGAUAGGCAUAAUGGGAAUAUUCUGAUUGACAGACAUGGACAUUUAAUUCACAUAGAUUUCGGCUUCAUGUUUAGCAACUCCCCAGGAGGGAACAUUAAUUUUGAAAAAGCCCCAUUUAAGCUGACUGAUGAGUUUGAAAGGGUGUUAGGAGGCAGAAGGUCUAAGCUGUUUAUAGAAUUUAGGUCACUUUGUGUGAAAGGGUUUAUUGCACUUAAAGAAAAGGCUGAACAGAUUGUGUUGUUGGUAGAAAUGAUGAGGUUUGGGAGUGGAGCAAGCUUAGGGUGCUUUGUGGGAGGAGAAGAAGUGACAAGAGGGCUGAGAGAAAGACUGCUGCCUAGAGAGUCGAUGUCAGAAGGAGAUUGUAAGGAAUAUAUCAAUUUGCUGAUAGAUGAGAGCUUGGAUAACUGGACUACAAGAUGCUAUGAUAGGUUUCAGUAUUGUUGUCAAAAUAUCUUUUAUUAA